AUGGAAAAGAAGAUUCUGUCAUUCAACGAUCUGUCUCCCAAUGUCAAAAGUAACCCUUUACCUGACCAUGGGGUUGUUAAUGCCAUUGAUGCUUCGUCUGAAGAGAAUUCUAUCCUUGAUGUAGCUCAGAUUAAGACUCCGCUCAAGGCAUUCCAUUCAAAGCUGUUUAAAGCAGGCCUAGUAUCUGUUUCCCAUAUCGGUUGUAUGAGCUGUAAGGGAUGUGAUAAGGGUUGUGUUAUGGUUCGGAAAGACGUUCAGAGAUUGACUGAUGAUGGUUUUUUGCAAGUAGUUAACCAGGCGAAAGAAGUAGCCGUAAUUGAGCCUACCUUCAACUUGCCAGAAUCAAGGGGUAGGAUACCAGUGUUUAAUCUGCCAGCACCAAAUUCUGUCAUGCCAGUGUUCAGUAUACCGGCUCCCGUUACUCCAACAGUGGACCAGCCUAAACCGUUGAUUAUCCAAAAACCGAGUCCAUUUCCAUUCAGUGAUCCCAAGGCAGUACCUUGGAAGUAUGAUGUAACCGCGAUUGACAAAGAAUCUGGGAAGGUCAUUCCAAGAGAAGAAGUGAAGGUUGAUGGUGAAAGUGUGACUAACAUAGCUGGGGCAAGCAGGAUGACUCGCAAUGGUCGCGUGUACACUCCCCGUUUGGAUGAGGCUCCACCUAGAGAGAUAACUACUAACACUGCUGUGCCUGCCAGAGAUAAAAAUAAAGAGGUUGUUACUAAUGAUGAAGAUGUUGAAUUCUUAAGGAUCAUCAGGAAGAGUGAUUACAAAGUCGUUGAUCAGCUUCAUCAGACCCCUUCGAAGAUCUCUAUCCUGUCUCUAUUAUUGAAUUCACCCGCUCAUAGGGCUGCUUUGCAGAAAGUAUUGACGCAAGCUCAUGUCGCUCAAGAUAUUACUACCGGCCAGUUUGAUAGUGUGAUCGCCAAUAUUACCGCAUGUAAUACUCUUAGCUUCAGCAAUGAAGAGCUACCGAAAGAGGGCCCGAAUCACAACCGUGCUUUGCACAUAUCAGCGAAGUGUCAAGAGGAUAAUUUAGCCAGGGUGCUUGUGGAUACCGAUUCAUCUUUGAACGUCCUACCCAAGAGAGUUCUUAGCAAGUUGGCCUAUAAAGAGGCUAUGGUGAAGCCUACUUCUUUGAUUUUCAAGGCGUUUGAUGGUUCUCUUAGAGCUGUGAUUGGAGAAGGGGAACUUCCAAUUCUGAUUGGUCCGCAUGUUUUCAAUAUCACUUUCCAAGUCAUGGAUAUCAAUCCCAAUUACAGUUGUCUACUUGGAAGACCUUGGAUCCAUGCUGCUGGGGCUGUGACUUCUACCUUGCACCAAAAGAUGAAGUUUGUAGUUGAUGAUAAGCUGGUGAUUAUUCACGGUGAGGAGGAUUUAAUGGUCAGUAAUUUAUCUUCGUUCCGUUAUAUUGAGGCCGAUGAAGACGCGUUGGAAACUUCUUUCCAAGCACUUGAGAACGCCAAUGCUGUGUUAGUGGAGGUCGAAGAGACUGUGGAAGGCCAGAGUAAUCCAUCUUUUGCAUCCUUAAAGAGUACCAGAUCAACAAUUGACAGGGGCAUUCCUGAAGGUUGGGGAGAGAUAAUCAACGUCAAGACCAAAACUGAUCGCCACGGGUUGGGUUACAGACCAACUCAUGAUAAAGCUUCUACAAAUGUCGAAGGGCGUCCAGAGUUUUUUCAAGAAGUUUUUGUCAGCAGAGGUUUCCAAGUCAAUGCCAUCAGUGACUAUGAUGAAGACGAAGAUCUGAGUAACUUGGUAUUCAAGAGCGAUGCAGCUUUGAGCAACUGGGAGGCUAUAGAGAUUCCUAUUAUUUUUCCCGUUUCAAAUGACAUUAAAACCCUUGUUGAAUCCAAUGACUCUAUCAUCUCUCCUGAUUGGGAUUCACCCAUUUAUCAAGCUGAAGAUGGGGGUGAAGAGGAUUUUGAAGUACCCGCGGAACUGACGAGAUUGGUUGAGUACGAGUACACAAAGCUUCAACCGCACAGGGAGCAGGUAGAUUUGAUUAAUCUCGGCACAGAUGAAGACAAGAAAUAG